CAGCUCGCCUCGCCUCGGUCCGGCUUGGCUCGGCUUCCUUCGGGCCGUCACGCGGCUCCCCGAGGCCCGGCUGCCGCUUGGGGCCCUCUGUUCGCCCCGCGCUGUGUCGGGGGCCGAGUUGCGGCCUGUCCUGGCGCUGCUGGCCGGGGCUGCGGCUCUGCAGACCGGCACGUCGCCCUGGUGCCCGCAGGUUCGUUCGGGAAGGUACAGAGUCCAUUAAGAUGGAAAAUGGUCAAAGCACAGCAGCCAAACUGGGGCUUCCCCCCCUCACACCAGAGCAGCAGGAGGCCCUCCAGAAGGCAAAGAAGUAUGCGAUGGAGCAGAGCAUCAAGAGUGUGCUGGUGAAGCAAACCAUCGCCCACCAGCAACAACAGCUAACCAACCUGCAGAUGGCAGCAGUGACAAUGGGCUUUGGAGAUCCUCUCUCACCUUUACAAUCGAUGGCAGCCCAGAGGCAGCGCGCCUUGGCCAUCAUGUGUCGUGUUUAUGUGGGCUCCAUAUACUAUGAGCUGGGAGAAGACACCAUUCGCCAGGCCUUUGCCCCGUUUGGACCUAUAAAAAGCAUUGAUAUGUCCUGGGACUCUGUUACCAUGAAGCACAAGGGGUUUGCCUUUGUGGAAUACGAGGUGCCUGAAGCUGCACAGCUGGCCUUGGAGCAGAUGAAUUCUGUCAUGCUGGGAGGAAGGAAUAUAAAGGUGGGGAGACCGAGCAAUAUAGGACAGGCACAACCAAUUAUAGACCAACUAGCAGAAGAGGCACGGGCUUUCAACCGCAUCUAUGUGGCUUCUGUACAUCAGGACCUGUCAGAUGAUGACAUCAAGAGUGUGUUUGAGGCCUUCGGAAAGAUUAAAUCCUGCACACUAGCCAGAGAUCCCACAACAGGAAAACACAAAGGCUAUGGUUUCAUUGAAUAUGAGAAGGCACAGUCUUCUCAAGAUGCUGUUUCAUCUAUGAACCUCUUUGACCUUGGGGGUCAAUAUCUACGAGUUGGUAAAGCUGUGACUCCUCCGAUGCCUCUCCUGACACCUGCCACACCAGGGGGAUUACCUCCAGCAGCAGCUGUUGCCGCUGCAGCUGCGACAGCAAAGAUCACAGCACAGGAAGCAGUGGCAGGAGCUGCAGUUCUUGGCACUUUGGCCACCCCUGGCCUCGUAUCCCCUGCACUGACCCUUGCACAGCCACUGGGGGCAUUGCCACAGGCUGUGAUGGCAGCACAGGCACCGGGAGUCAUUACAGGUGUUACUCCUGCCCGCCCUCCCAUUCCCGUCACCAUUCCCCAGGUGGGAGUUGUGAAUCCCAUCCUGGCCAGUCCUCCAGCUCUGGGCCUGAUGGAGGUCAAGAAGGAGAAGGAAGAGGAGGAGGUGUUCCAGGAAUCCGAGAGGCCGGAGAUGCUGAGUGAACAGGAGCACAUGAGCAUAUCUGGCAGCAGUGCCCGUCACAUGGUGAUGCAGAAGCUGCUUCGUAAACAGGAGUCCACUGUGAUGGUGCUUCGCAACAUGGUGGAUCCAAAGGACAUUGAUGAUGACCUGGAGGGAGAAGUGACAGAAGAAUGUGGCAAAUUUGGGGCUGUAAACAGGGUCAUCAUCUACCAGGAGAAGCAGGGAGAAGAGGAAGACGCUGAGAUCAUCGUCAAGAUCUUCGUGGAGUUCUCCAUGGCCUCAGAGACUCACAAAGCCAUUCAGGCUCUGAACGGGCGCUGGUUUGCUGGCAGAAAGGUGGUGGCAGAGGUGUACGACCAGGAGAGAUUUGACAACAGCGACCUGUCAGCAUGAACUCUACAGGAAGGACUUGGCCCCUGUCCCCUCUGCCUGUCUGUUUUUUUAGCCAUGUGUAAAGAAUGCUCCCAAGUGGGCACAGAUCUCUGUGAUGUAUUCGUAGUUUGGAUAAAAGCACCAAGAAAGUUAA